AUGAGCAAAUUCUUCGUCUCCUGGGAGCUGUGGCAGCAGAUGACCUUCAUCCUAGCCUUGGCCAUCUGCGUUGUCUUCAUCAUUGGUUUCAUCAAGCUGUGGUGGACAAACAGAUACAUUGCGAAGAUCGAGAUUAUUGACGCCGAGAAGAGAGCACACGCUGCGGAGCUCGAAUCAACCGGUUUGCCGCCACCCCCACGGAAGCAAUCCGACAUCCCAUUCGGCGUCCGCGCCAUUCAGUCCGGAAUUGAGGUCGACGGAAUCUGGAUCUCUCGACCCAAUACGCCGUCCGUCGACUCUCCCCCCAACUCAGCCAAGGGCAAGGGAAAAUAUGUCGCUCAGGGUCCUAUUUCGCCUGCCUCGACGAUUUCCGACCCCUUUGGUUCCCCAACUUCGUCCCGCGGCGGUACCGGCCCUCAAACAUACCGCCCCAAGUCCUCCCACAACCCCGUUUCCAGCAGAGCCGACGCCCUAAGCCAGCUUGAAGGCAAGCCUCAGGAUUCUCCUGCCUACGCCACGUACCAGCCCCGAGGCGGCAAGGACUCCUCCGAGGUCUCGGACGAGGCCGGAAGCCCCGUCAGUCCCAUCGAUCGCUCUUCGUACAACGGCAUCGACGUUCGGGUGCCCAUUCGCGCCUCCCCUGUCAACCGUCACCUGAACAACGUCCGCAAUGUUAGCGGAGGCAAGCCGCAGCCCGUGACGGGUCACGGUGUCCGCGCCCUCAGCGGCAGUCUCCAGAACCCCAAGAACGGCAAGGGCUAUGCUACUAUUCCUCAGAUAUCGCCUGGCGCAGGCGAUUUUUCCGACCCCUUCGCGACCCCUUCUCGGUCACCGGUUAACACCCCUAGUGCUGACCAAGCUCACCUUCACUCCCAGCAGGGCCCUCACGUGAAGUUCGCUCCCGAUGAGUACAUCAACAGCCAGCGCUACCCUAGUGAUGGCAGUAGCGGUACCAGCGGAAGCAGCAGCCACCGCCCUUAG